AGGAGCAUGACCUCAGAACCAGCCUCUGCAAUGAACAGUGCAGGGGAGGAGAAGGUGGAGGUCGUUUCUGCACUGAGCAGCCCAACCUUUCAUAGCAGGGACAGUGGCUUCUUUGACAGAGGUGUUAAAACUAUGCUGAGCAUCCGCAAAUCCAUCCGGAGCCUGAACAGGGAGAAGGGAAAGGAAGGAACUGGCACUGGGAGAGGAAAACGACUGUCUCUGCGGUUCAACAAGAGCUUCCAGGAGAGCCAAGCCACCAUCUGCAAUGGCGUGGAAGAGGCUGGUGACAAGGCAGAAGCUGAGCUCCUGCAAGGAAAACCUCUUUCAGUAAUGGAAAUCAAUGAACUGAUUCAGAAAAGGCAACUUUUGGAAGCGUUUGCAAGCAUCAGGUACUUGGAAGAUGAGACUAUUGCUGAACGGGAUGCUGAGAAGCACAGAGAUAACCCCCAGGAGUUUGUGAGGAAGUCCAGGGAUGUGGAUUUGCUUUAUAACUCCAUCACAAAUGCGAUCCAGUCCAUCGUGGUGGGGACACUGGAGCACCCCGCUGUAGAGGACGCCCUGCUGACCUCCCUGGUGACUUUAAUUGCCCGUGAAGAAGCAGCUCAUCCUAGCACUGGCAACGCUGCUGGUCCUGGCUCAGACUCGCUUGGCACACCCAGAAAGUGGAGGGAGGAGUGGAGGGAAGCUGUAAAUGAGAGUGCUAGGAAAAGAGUCCUGAGAGUACCCAUGGCAUCGAAGGAAGAGCAGAGCUCUUGGCUGGGUCUCCACUUGGGUUUCCUCCAGAAACACCUGAGUGAAGACUUACUGAAAAUCAAGUCACUAGUACAGAAGUGCUAUCCAGAGGAGUACCACGUGUGUGACACCUACCUGGAGGCUUUUCACAAGGCCAUUGCCUCACACUUGCAAGAGCUCUCCCGGAGACCGCUGGAAUUCCACGAGCUCCACGCGUUGCUGGACUGGGUGGCCAACACCUACCGCAGUGAACUCUUUCUGGGUCACCCCAAUCUCAAACCAGAAGUUAAGGCAGAAAACCUGUCCCUCCUGUUAGCAUCAGAUGAUUGGGAUAAGCUGAAAAAGGACUACGUCGCUUCUGCAAAGGAGAAAAUCAAAAGCUAUUUUGGAAACAUCCUGAGACUGGAGGUCACAGAGAAGUGGGAGAAGGGAGUUCAUCCCGAGCUGAAGGAAAACCUCUACCGCUCCUCGCUCUCCUUUGAUAUUCAAACGAUCAUCGGGGAGCACAUGAAGAUAGCUGGAACCAUCAGCAAAAGCCUGGAAAGGAAAAUGCUUGAGCUGUGCCUGGCAGAGCUGCAUGAAUUCAUACCAAGGUUUGGGGAGGAGUUUGUGGCAUGGAGCACUGCCCAGGACACUCCCAUCUUUGCACCCUAUUUCGCUGCCUACAUCAACAGCUUCCAUGAGCUGGUGUCAGGGUUAGAAACAGGGUUUAAAGUCAACACUGAGGAACUGCAGAAGAUUUUGGCAGCUCUGACAAGGAACUUCACCAAUGUUUUUGUAACUCAGUUCAGAAGAAAAGCUGAGCCACUUCUGAAGAAAAUCCUGACCAAGAACUGGAUUUUGGGGAUGGAAAGGCUGGACUCGCUGCCAUCAGCAGUCUCACAGUUCUCCAAGCACCUGCAGCACAUGAGGGAGCCCCUGGGGCAGGAGCUUCUACGUGAUGUUCACAAGUAUGUGGUGAGGGAAUACAUCAGGCAGGUCAUCAAACCCAGGUACAGAAUGAGCAGCCAGACACGGCAGCGAGUGAGUGAAAAGAUGAAGCAAGAAGCCAGAAUCCUGAAUAACACACUCAUUGAUCAGGGCUCUGACUCUGACUGGCUCCUUCCUGCCAUACACCACAUUGCCAAUAUCACUGGGGAGAAGAAAAUAGACAAGAUCAAGGAGUAUGUCAAGGAGCUGUGUCAGGAUUAUCCAGAUAUCAGGAAGGAGCACGUGCUGGCAGUGCUGGCGCUGCGGGGCCUGGGCCGUGCCAGGAGAGCGGGCAUCGUGCGCCACAGCUACCGCGUGCCCCAGAGCCCUGCCAGCCGCCAGCCCAGCACGCUCUUCGCCGAGAUCACCGUCCCAGCCAUGGUCAGCUGCUUCUAA